UUUGCGAUUAUGAAGGUGUUUCGUUACCAUUUUCUGCAUUGCAAUUGAUAUUCGAUAAAAUCAUUUCAGUUGCUUUCCGUCUCUCAAGCAGAAUAGAAGUCGUGUUAAAUAAUGUCAUUCGAAAAUGCUGAAGCAUAUCUUAAAGGCAAUAGUUUCAAUAAAGUCUGGACAAAAGUUCUCUUAGAUGAAUUCUUCGAUUGGAUUGCGUGGAGAAAGGAUGGAAAGGACUCAAUUUUGGACAUUGGCAGCGGACCUGGAAAUACAAUCAAUUCGGCUUUGUAUCCUCGACUUUCGUCUAACUUCUCAAGACUUGUGCUUUCGGACAUUUCCAAGCCAAUGGUUGAGUUGCAAAAGAAAGAGUUUGAAGGAGUGAAUAAAGUUUCGUGUGAAGUUUUGGACAUUGGAUCGCCAAUUGAAGAAAAUCUCUUGAGAAAACUCGGGACUUUCGAUCACGUGACGUCGUUCUUCUGCUUAAUGUAUGUAAAGGAUCAACAACUGGCCAUGGAUAACAUCUACAAGCUAUUGAAUCCAGGAGGAGAUUGCUUCAUUGUUAUCGUUGCUGAUUGUCCGCUUAUCGACACUCUUUUAUCCGUGUGCGAAAAACCUCGAUGGAAGGAUUAUUUCAUAGGAUGGCAGGAUUUCUAUGUCUUCCCGUACAGGAAGGUUGAUGAAGCAAAAGCCAAAGGUUUGAGUUUCAUGGAAAAGGCAGGAUUUGUAGAUUUAAAAGCUGAAAUCAGAUACAAUCUUGUUAAUUUCCGCUCUUCCGAUGAGAAGGAAAACUUCUUAAGAUCAUUACCUAAUAAAUUCUCUAAAGAAAUCACUCCGGUAGAAGAGGAGGAAAUCUUGCAAGAUCGCAUUGAGUAUUUUGAUCAAAUGUGUGAGAAAUCAAGUUGUUAUUUGAUUUUGUAUGGGAAGAAAAGCAAAUAAAUCACAUUGUGGCGGAAAAAAAUACCUUUA